AUGGCCGUCAACAUGGCCAAUGUCUGUCCUCCGCCCUUUUACGACGCCAGACUCUACCCCGACAGUAAAGGAUUCGUCGACGGCCGCCUCUGCCAGAAAGUCGCCGAAGGCGUCUCCUGCUGCCUGCCCUGCCCGCUCGCCGAAUGGGUCUACCCCGAUAGCUUCCGCACCAUCAGUACCGUCGCCAACUGGACCGCCGCCGUCAGCGCCCUCUGCUGCCUCUACCUGCUCCUCUCGUGGGCUCUGCUGCCCGUCGACAAAACGCACCGCCACUACCUCAGCAUCUGCCUCACCGGCGCCGUCCUCCUCAUGAACAUGGGCUUCGUCGUGCCGCUCGCCGCCCGCCCGGACCAGUGCUACGACCGAAUCACCCCGCACGGCAUGCAAACCAGCUCCGUCUGCGGCGCCUCGGGUGGCCUUCUCAUCCUCGGCGGCUGGAGCGGCGUCAUGUGGGCAUUUCUGCGCUCCCUCUCCCUGCACCUGCAGAUAUGCUGGCAGGUCAGCGUCGGCCGCCCCUUCAUGUACUUUGCCCAGGCCGCCGGCUGGGGCGUCCCGCUCAUCGGCAUCGUCCUCGCUCUCGUCUUCAGUGGUGUCUCCUUUCGCUUCGGCGCCAUUUGCCACAUCAACCACGACAACAGCCUCGCCGACCUCUGGGUUCCGCUGCUCAUCUUUGCCAGCAUCACCGUCAUCACCACCUUUGCUACCUUUGGCUACUGCGUAAAGGUCUACCUGGCGUCCCUGGCCGACAGCUCCGCCUCGACUGAGGGCUCUGGCCUGCCAUCCUACACAAAUAGCAUCCGCACCAUGACCCCGCGCCAGGCCUACCGCCGCGUCAAGCGCGUUAUUGCCUUGCAGUGGCGCGGCAUCGCCAUUGUCCUUAUCAUUGCCGCCGACGUCAUCUUCUUUUCCGUCAUCUUUGUCUUCCAGGACAACAUUGUCGAGUCCGUUACCAAGGAUCCCAAAAUCGCAGAGAGCUGGGUGGUCUGCCUCAUUGCUGCAAGCGGCGACAAAAACAAGUGUCUAAAAGAGGCCAGCAAGUUUGUUGUUAGCCAAGCCACCAUCGCCGCGGUACUGCUGCUGCUCGGACUAAAUGGAAUAUGGCUCAUGUUUCUCCUCGGCCGGCGCUCCAUGCUUGUCGGCUGGGUCGACCUCUUCAAGUCCCUCCUCGGCCGAGGCGACGCCAAGAAGAAGGAAUUCGUGUCCGUCGAUGCCAGGCUCGACGCCAAAACCGAUUCACGUUCGUAUGAGAUGCUCUCGCGCGAAAACAGCGCCGUGGUAACCCCCGCGUCCGCAGUGCACUACCCGCUCACCGACCGCAAGACGGCCGCCUACCAUGAGCAAACCGCCGCGCGAUACCACGCCCCUGCGCGGUCAUUCUCGGCACCGCGCUCGCCCAUCCAGCGAUCCUGGGACGUGCAGCAAACGUUUGCCAGUCCGCGUGGACCUCACUCGCCGCCGCCACCGACGCCGCCGCCGCCGCCUCCGUCGCAGCCUCGGUCCCCGCAAUCCCCGCGAUCUCCCCAAUCUCCACAGCUGGGCUUUGAAACAGGGACUCGGACCGACAAGAUCUGGCCGAGAGCCCAAGACCCUUUCAAUCUGACUUCUCUCACCAGUCGCCGGAAAAUAUCCAACGAUCCAAACAAUACGAAAUGGACCCGCGACACCACCACCUUUGGCCAGAAAAUUCUGCGCUCCCAGGGCUGGCAGCCGGGCCAGUUCCUGGGUGCGCAGGACGCGCCGCACGCGGAGCUGCACUCGGCGGCAAGCGCCUCUUACAUUCGCGUGGUGCUCAAGGACGACAUGAAGGGGCUGGGGUUCAACAAGGCGCGGGAGGAUGAGGUGACGGGUCUCGACGUCUUCUCGGACCUGCUGAGCCGCCUCAACGGCAAGUCCGAGGCGGCGGUGCGCGAGGACCAGGACGCGCGGCUAGCGGUCAAGACGCACCGCUACGUCGAGAUGCGCUGGGGGCCGAUGCGCUUUGUGCGCGGCGGACUGCUGGUGGGAGAUACGCUGCAGGAGGACGGCAGCGCUGAGAGCGAGGCGGGCGAGGAUGAGAAGACGAAGAAGACGGAGGGGCAAAAAGUAAAAAAGGAAAAGAAGAGCAAGAAGCGCAAGGUGGAAGAGGAAGAUGAGGAAAAAGAAGAAGAGGUCGACAGCGAGGCAGCGAGGAACAAGGACAAGAAGCGUCGUCGCAAUGAAGGAGACAAGGAUGAUGCGGCGGAAAAGAAGAAACGCAAGAAAGAGAAUAAGGAGACGAAAAAGUCGAAAAACGUGAACAAAUCCAAACUCGAAUCCGACGACUCCAACGACAACGAGCUCGACGAGAAAGCGGCCAAAAAGAAGGCCAAGAAGGAAAAGAAGGAAAAGAAAAAGGAGAAGCGCGAGAAGAAGGAGGAAAAGAAGCGCCGCAAAGCCGCCAAGGCAGCCGCCGCUAUCGCCGACGCCCCCAGCAGCAGCAGCAGCAGCAGCAGCGACGACGACGACGAUAAGGAUGAUAUAGACGCCAGCACCUCUGCGACGCCAGUCACUGCUGGCUCCUCGGGAACGGCAACACCCCUGGGCCACCGCACCUUUGUGCGGUCGCGGUAUAUUGCGCAGAAGAGGCAGGCGGUCAUGGACGCCAAGGCGCUGGCGCAAAUCUUCAUGAUCAAGGUGUAG